AUGGGUGUAUUAGGUGGAGUUGAAAAAACUGAAAGUGAUCAUUUGGCUGUGCAGCGAUUACGAGUGAAAGUCGGUGUCGCCGUAGGCUUGUUGAUUGUCGUAGUGAUCGUAACUCCAACAAUUGUUGUUUUAUUGCGAAAGAAAAGUUCAACAAUAACAGGUUUAAUGAACAUCACUGAAUCGUUGAUGACAACAGAGGCAGCUAUUACAACAUCAUCGUUCAUUGAAAAAGAGACAAAUGUGGUAACAUCUCUUGAGAGCGCGACUAUAAAAAACAUCGUAACUUCGAACGGAAUGACAACAAAUGCGGCAAAAUCAAUCACAUCCACAAGCAUUGCAAAGAAUGUCACAGCUCUCCAAAUAUUCAACCGAACGGAUGAAAUAGUUUAUGCUAUUUGGAAUACAACUGCAGGUAGCAACAGUUUGCCAUCGUCAGCAGGUGGAGGAGAAGGUGAAUACUGGCCGAGUGAACCACCUGAAGCUGCGCUAGACGGUAACUUGAGUACAGAAUAUACAAAUCAUGGCUGCGCUGAUGAGUGUUUUAAUAUAACAUCUGGCAUGUACACAGGUUUCUAUUUCACAAUUAAAAGUGCCCCCUUUCGUCUUAUGAAAUUUUGUAUGGGUACAAACGUCCGACAUGUAAAGCGCGAUCCGAUGACAAUCACGAUCGAAGGCAGUAACAAUGAUCAAUCGGAAUUACCCCUUGGAAAAAGUUGGACUCUAAUCUAUAGUGGCUCUUCAGGUCUCACUGAAAGUCUAAACAGGUCAUCCUAUGGCACAACACAAACUGUAGCAACGAACGUAGCGUCAUUCAGAAGCUAUCGUCUUAUUGUUACAUCAAUCAGAGGAAAACAUAAUUCUGCUUCAUACUCAGAAUUCGUGAUGAUGGGACAAUAUUUAAAUAACACCAACUGA